GUUCUAAAUUAACAUCCCAUUCUACAGUUGAAGGCCCCUGCAGACAAGGAAGCUCCCAGUGUGGACCAAACAGUAAGUGUGUGGAAGAAGGAGAUAACUUUCGGUGUGUCUGUGAACAAGGAUAUGAAUAUCUGUAUGAAGAUGAUGUGAAUGGUGAAAAAGCAACAUGUUUAGAUAUAAAUGAAUGUACUUCUGGAAGAGACAACUGUCACCUAUAUGCUGAAUGUGUUAAUCUGCCUGGAAGUUUUGCUUGUAGAUGUCUCCUUGGGUAUUCUGGUAAUGGUGUGAAUUGUGAACGAACCUUGACCUGUAAUGACCUAAAUUGUGAUGCUAAUGCUGAAUGUGAUCUUGGGCCCAAUGGCAUCCCUGUUUGUCGAUGUAAGGCUGGCUUUGAAGGAGAUGGUUAUGUUUGCCAGCAUGUGGGUGGCAUUGGUGAGGACUGUCGAAUCGUGAACUACUGCGACUCCCAUGCCUCCUGUAACUUCAAUCCCACUGCACAGAAAUUCCAGUGUCAAUGUAACCCUGGAUACACAGGUGAUGGUGUUGUUUGCAUUGAAGAAGAGUCUCCCAGUACAUGUGAUGUGGCUAACAACUGUGACGAAAAUGCCCUCUGUGUGUACCAGUAUGGGGAGUAUGUGUGUGAGUGCAAUAGUGGUUUCAGUGGAGAUGGUUACAAGUGUGUUCCAGAAACACCAGUUCCUGUGAGCUGUAACAUUGAAAACAUAUGCCACCCACAAGCAUUAUGUGUGUUUGACUCCUCAGCUGAUGAAUACAAAUGCCGUUGCAAUGCUGGGUUUGUUGGGGAUGGGUAUCAGUGCACUCAAAGCCAUGAAUGUAACACUGUGGAGAACUGUGACAGGAAUGCACAAUGUACUUAUGACAGCAGCUCUAACCGGUACCAGUGCAAGUGUAAUCCUGGGUACUCGGGAGAUGGAAAGUCAUGUCAGCUUGAAGAAGCUACUCCAAAGUUUGAGGGAGAAUCUCUGCUCUUUGCCCAAGGGAUGUCCUUACUCCAGAUGCCAUUCAACCCCACAAGAAAUAAUCCAGGAAAGUUGGUAUUAAUGGAACCCUACCAGACUGCCAUAGGUGUGACCACUGAUUGUCAGAAAGGCCAUGUUUACUGGACUGACGUUGCUCACAGGGUGAUUAGGCGUGCUAACUAUGAUGGAUCAAACUCUGAAGUAUUUAUAAAGAAAA